AUGCCAUCUUUUGUAAAUUCAACGCCGCUUAUCACGCUCGCAAAAAAAAGAAUAACUCCUCAAAAAUUAGCAGCUGUGCAAAAAAAAUGGGAUCCUUCCUUUUUUGUGCCUACUUGUAAAAUUGAUCCGGAGACUGGUGCCAAACACUGGCGAAAGCCGAGAAUUAGUAAACGCUUGCAAGCUGAUAUGAGGAAAAAUUGUAUUUAUCUUGGUAUUGACCCAUUGAGUAUUGGUUUGCCCGAGAAACCUGAUAGGAAUCCACCUAGAACUAAGCCACCAAAGGGGAAUAAGGCUGAUAGGUUGAAGCCAAUUAGACAAGCGAAAAUUCAAAAAGCGAUGGAAGAUAUGCCAAAGACUAUCGAAAAAUGGAAAACAGAAAAACGUACCGAAAAGCAAAAGAGCAAACCAUCAUUACCAUAUUAA